GAAAAGAAUUUAUGCGCUGACAGCGUGUCUCUCCCGCUGCUCCCCGCUUGUUAUUCGCUCCUCUGUAUCGCGACGCGGCUGCCCCAAAUCAGCAAUAUCUCCGCCCCUCGCCGGAAUCUGCUUGAUCCGAACUCACUCUAUUCUUCCGCGCCAUCUCACCGCAGCCCCUGUCGUCCGCCCAAACGGGGGUAAUUUUGAUCGUCGAGAUUGUACAUUUAAGGCAGGUUUUAGUGUAAAUCAUUCAAUGGCGAAAAGGCCUGGACCAAGACCUAGCAAAUUAUCAGUGUACCUUUACAUUCCUAAUAUCAUUGGAUACAUCCGGGUUCUUGUAAACUGUGCUGCCUUCUACCUAUGCUUCAGAAACAGAAUGCUUUUCUGUAUUCUCUAUUUUUUCAGCUUUGUCUGUGAUGCUGUGGAUGGUUGGUGUGCUCGCAAAUUUAACCAGGUGUCAACCUUUGGAGCUGUUCUGGACAUGAUAACAGACAGAAUCAGUACAGCUUGUCUACUUGUAAUUCUUUCCCAAGUAUACAAGCCUGGUCUGAUCUUCUUGUCACUGCUUGCCUUGGAUAUUGCAAGCCACUGGCUGCAAAUGUACAGCACUUUCUUGCUGGGCAAGGAUAGUCAUAAAGAUGUAAAGGACAGCACUAGCUGGCUUUUUAGGGCAUAUUAUGGGAAUAGGAUGUUUAUGGCUUACUGUUGUGUCUCCUGUGAGGUCCUUUACUUAAUCCUAUUUCUUCUGUCAGAGAAUCAAACAGACAAAUUGGUGGAUGUGUUAGCGAGUAGUCUGCAAAAGAUAUCAAUAGUUUCUUUCCUGGUUGGUACUAGUUUAUUUGGAUGGGCGAUCAAGCAAGUUGUAAAUAUCAUUCAGAUGAAGACAGCGGCAGAUGUGUGUGUGCUUCACGACAUUGAGAAAAAGCAAAAACGCUAAUGCUUUUUGCAUGACCAUGAAUCACUAGAAUGAGGAAUGAUUUGAUGUCCGGCUUUUUCUAUGAAGAUGUUUGUUUUAUGCCAUGCCCUGGCCCCGUCCACUGCGCCUUCAGGCGAAGGGAUUUUAAAGUAACUGGAAUUGGUUUAGUUUCAACCAUUUGUAAUGAAAGAAAAAACAAGGUUAAAUUGGUGUACUCUGCUUUACAUGUGCUGGUAAAUUCUUCGGAGAACUAGGCUGAGUUCGGGCAAAGUUGUGAUGGCUGUGCACUUCAUGUCACGGCUAAUUUGAUUAAGAGAACUCACAAAUUAGUCUUCGAAUAUGCAUGUCUAUUUAGCUGUAAUUUCUGAACCUUUGGAGUGCUAGAUUAGAGUAAAUCCGGUAGAAAUCCGGCCAACUGUGAAUUAUUUCAAUGGCUGGCAUACAAAUUUCGAUAUUGUUAACUGAUAUACUUGUCGCAUUAAUGUGUACAUAAUUAUUAUUUUCUA